UUCUCUAGACUUGCAGAUAAGAUUUGUAGAAAUCAGGUUUAGCAGAAACGCAAUUCUAGACACCUCUUUUAUCCAGCUAUAUAUAUGUAUAAGAUCUAAGAUAAGUGUAUUACAAUUCUUGGUUACACACAUUGAAUACGGCGAUACGAAUGGAACUUCGUAAUAACAUUAUGAGAUUCUCCCUUAGCCAACUAAUAGCGAGCUACUUCCUAUAGAUUUGCAGAAACCAUCGAUCGAAGAAGCAAGGAGGCAGUAAGUUUACUAAACACGAUGUCUUUCGAUAAAUUUAAGCCUAAGUACAAAAUACAUGAGGAGACGGAAAGUUAUUUCAAAUUAAGAGCUGAGGCAGGGAUGAAAUCUUACGAUCAAGUGACAGUGGAAGAGGCGAGAGAGGGCAACAUUGCGAACGCCAAAAGAUUUGCAGGCACGACCGAAUUUGAAGGCACCGUGAAAGAGUUCAGUGUUCCAUCAAAGCAAUGUAUCGAUGGAAUCCCCAUUACUGUGUACAGGUCUAAGCACUGUGACCUAUGUGUGGCUCCAUCUGUGUUUGUAUACUUCCAUGGAGGGGGGAAUGUAGUAGGUUGUCGUCAAACAGUGGAUACUAUCUGCAGAAUCUUCUCUAGAGAUGCUCCUUGUGUGGUGGUUAAUGUAGAAUAUCGCCUUGCUCCAGAACACAGAUGGCCAUCCAAUCAUGAAGAUGCCAUUUGCGUUGUCCGAUGGGUGAAAAUGAACAAAGGUCUUAUAGGUGCUGUGAACCGCAGCACGGUAGGGGUAGGUGGGGAUGGAGAAGGAAGUCGCAUGGCAGCUCUUGUUUGUCAUGAGGUUUCUGAUUUGGGGUAUCAGGUACUUGUGUACCCAAGUGUAGAUCUAAGGAGGAACUACAAGUCAGCUGAGGAAUUUGCAGAAAUGCCUGGACUCACAAAAAAGAUGACAGAUUGGUUCAUGGGCCAUUACAUUGAUCACUCAGAUCUCAGCAAUGCUAGGGCUUCACCUCUGCUUCAAACUAACUUUGAUACUUUGCCACCAGCUUUAAUAAUCAUAGCUGAACUUGAUGUACUGAGAGAUGAGGGUAUCGCAUACCAUGAGAAACUUAAGGAGGAAGGAGUGAAAUCACAGAUCUUUACAGUUAAAGGGGUCACGCAUGGAUUCUUCCACCUACCAGGUCAUUUUAAAGAAUGUUGCCUUAGAGCCCAUGAGAAGGUUUCCAAGUUCAUUAAAGCCAACUCAUAAACAACUAGUCACAGUGGGCUGAUGACCUCUGAACUUGCAAAAGGUUCUGAAAGCAUAAUCCAUAUUUUAGUUAUACAAGUAUAUCUACUCAGAAAAGAGACUUGAACAAUAUACUCUAGCUGUUCUAGAUAACACCAUGUGUUAGUUUAGUGUAUUUUUAACUUUGAACUAACCAGUGAUUGUACUUAUACAUCAUUUAUAUAUCUAUUUAGAAAGAUCCAAGUCUACUGAUUUGGCUUAUGUGUUAUGAUGUGUAUAGCUUCUUUGUAUGUUGACGUAGGAGAAAUGAAGCACACACCGCUGGCGUACGUUGAAUAUGUUAAGAAUCAGUUUUUACGAGAACGCUAAAGUUGUCAUAUGCUGAAUGGAAACUAAAAUUUUGUGCAUGCAUAAGAAUUUUAAUGUAUGUUAAUUAACAUAUUGUGUAUACAUUAUAGUCCUUUAUUGGAUAGGUAAUUGUUGCACAAGUUUACAUGCUUUACAUGAAAGUUCCUUAUAUGUUGACACACAUGGGCAACCUGCUGGGAAUCUGUGUAGCAUAUAUAGAACUUAUAUCUAACCUAUUGGUAACAUACUUAUGACUUAUCUGUAACUUAUAUCGGACGUUUACGUAACAUGUAUGGAUGUAUUCAGUGUUUGCCUAGCGACCUUAGAACUUACUCAACGUAAUUUAAAAAAAAAAUGUGAGGAACAUACUAAAUGUGUUUAAAAUUUACAGAUAAUUAACAUAUUCAAAAUCUUUCUGGGGUUCAGUUAUAUAUAUAUUUAUGUACAUGUAUAUUUGCAAUGUUUUUACCUUCGAUAUCUUUACUAAUUGAAAUGAUAACCAUUUCCUCAUGAAUGUAAACAAUAUGCAUACAUGUACAUGAAUCCAAAUAUUGUACGACUAUUUAAAAACUGGGAAUAUUAUGACAGAAAUGGAAGUAAGAUUGAAUGUAAAUAUAAAAAUAAGCAUCGCAGUUCUUGCCCUCAGGUAUUUUCAAAAACGAAAUUUGUUUCUUAAAUAUACUUUGCACAGAUAACAAGAUGGAGGAUAGCUGUAAUUUUUAUAGGUCACUUUACUAUCAAUGUGCACUCCAACAAGCCUUUCUUACAUUUUACUUUAGUGAAUGCAUUCAAGUAAAACAAACACGCAAGAGAUACAUCGUAUGUCUGCAAGCUUUCAAAAGCUUAUAGAUGCUCUAUACAUUAUAUAUAACAUCUUAUGCAUGUCUCUGUUUAAUAUCAAUAUCGUAUAGUGACUUGUGCAUAAACAACAUGUUAUAUGCUCAUUAUGUGCGUUAGCAUAUCCUAAAAACUUGAUUUCAGCAUAUGCCAGCGUGUUUGAUAAAUUUUUCAUACCUCAUAAUAAAAUGUCUAACACACUGUAGUGUGACAGGGCCUUUAGUUUUUGUACAGAUUCAUAUCCUGGAUUCUGUCUUCUUCUUUAAUUCCUAUUAUGUAAGUUAGUAUAUUGUGUAUGUGUGAAUAUUUUUUGCAAUUUGCACAUGCAUUUCAAGAUGAGGUUUUAAAUGUCAUUGUAAAAUGCAUCCAAAUUUGAGGUACAUUCGAAAUUUUAUCAUUUUUUUUUAAUAUAAAGAUGCAUUUAUUAUUGCAUGCUUUUUAUGCUUUGUUGUUGUUUUUAUUUUAUUGAGAGAUAUGAUAUUUUAUGCAUUACAAUUUACAGUGGUGUUGCUGGCUCAAUUUUCAUUUCAUUUUUUUUAAAUAAUUGUAUGAGCUGUAUUAUGCAUAGGCCAAACAACAAAAAAAUGAAAUUGAAUUAUAGAAUUAUUUUUGCUUAGUUUUUAACAUUUUUUCAUUCAAUAUUUUUUACUUGGACCAAAGACUAUUAUAAGCUAUAGUAUUUUCCAGUAUUGUUUUUGUAAGUGAAUUACACAGAUUGUUGAACUUUGUUGUAAAUUUAUAUUAUGUAAAACUGGUGGAAAUUAGUGGAAGACAUUUUUCAAUUUAUGACCCAUUGGGAACUAGAUGCUUAUAAUAUCAAAUAUGUUUCGCUUUACUUUUAUGACAUUAGCACAUUAUACUUGCUUUAAGAUUAUUAUAGUUUGUAUGCAUGUCUUCCAUUUAAUAUGUAGUUCUCUCAUAUGCUAGUCAUUUUUACAAGACUUUAAAGUUCAUUUAUUUGUGCCAUUUUGUUUAAAAUGUUUAGGUUUCAGCAAUAAUUGAAUAUUUUGAUAAAUAUAUGAAUACAGUAAAACUCAUUUAUGAGGAAUUCAUUUAUACCGAAUUCUUGGUGAAAAGGAAUAGCUAAAUUAAAGCUAAGCUUGAAAAUAGCUGUUGUAAAACUGUAUUGUUAGAUUCUGGAACCAUUUUAAUUCUUGGAAUGUACAAGUCUGUUAGAAGUCUUUUGUCACAACUAUAUUCUAAUUUAAGUUUGUCACAAUAUUUCAUGUUAUUAUUAGUUAGAUGUGAAUAAAUACUUUUUUCUGAUAGUUUUGUAAAUUCCAAAUAUUAGAAUAAUUCCAUUAAUACACCAUUUUAAGAAAAAAAAUACAACAAGAAAUUCAUUUAUAAGGAAAAUUUGGGUUAUGGGGAAGAAAUAAAAUUUAUGCCCCAUUAUUAAUUUCAUAAUUAUGAUUUUUUUUUUAGAGUGAAGUCGUCAAAACAUCCAUUAAAUUAAAAGCAGUAAUUAAUUAUAAUGGACUCUCUGUCUGUGAUUUGCUUGAAUAGAAUUCAAAAUCAGGGACAAAAUUGAAUUUGUCGGAAUCCACUCCUUCUGUCUCCAGAUACCAGUAAAUGCAUAAGGCUCAAUGUCUGGUAUGAUCUCGAAAGAAAGAUAAUUCUAAUAGUGUGUUCAACUAAUUCAAGCAAGUUGGCGUUUUCUACAAAAAAUGCAUCAAUUUAGUUGGAAUAAAUUUCUUCAACAGUAGCCAGUCUUAGACAGCUAUGUAAUAUUUCAAUAUUUACUGUUCAUUGCAUUGAUCCUAACAAUGUUAUUUUGGAAAAAGAAGAAAGUGAGGUUUUGGAUCCACGUUCCCCUUUUGAUCCACCACCAUAUCCUCUUUAAUGUGCCAAACAAAACUAGCUGAAAAUUUGUGGAUUAUAUAUAUCUGGUAUCUAUUUUUCAAUUCCCAGUGCCAUUUUGCACUUUUAUGGAACUCUGAAGUUACAAGCUACAUUCCCCUGACCUGCCGUUGAUCGGAUAUCUGUAAAUUUAUUUGAGCUAAUCAAUUUCAAAGAAGUGAGGACCCCUCCCUCGAUUGUUUCCAUAUUUAAUCCAGCAUUAGGAAUUGGAAUUCCAGAUACAAUAGACAUAGAAUCUACGAAUUUACGGGAAAUUUGCACAUUAAAAGAGUAGGUGGAUGAAUGGAGCCAGGUGCCUGUGAAAGUGUCAUAAUUUCAAGGGAGGGGGGGGGUGAUAAAAGAUCCACCAGAAAUGGCCCCCUAUCUCCCAAAUUUUGGAAGGCAGUCUCCCCAAUGUGGUCCAGGAAGGAAACACAUUAUAAUUCUUGCUAGAGUGUAGUUGGCAGAAAUUAACUAAGUUGAACUGUGGUAGACAAAAUUAAAUACAUAAUAUUAAAGUAUUUGUCAUUAAGUUUGGCAAGAAUUCCAUCAUCUUCUACUUGUCAAGAUGGUUCUAGCAUGCUGCUGGGAGAUUUGGUUCUGCAACCCUCGGUAGGGGGCGGAAGAGGUUAACCAUAAAUGGUGAAUUUCUCUGUGCUUAAAGCAGCUUUAUAUGUUGGGUUCUAUGCUUUUUGACACAAUACAUCUUUUGUGUGGUUGUAUUUCAAAUUGGAUUGGUGCUUAAAAGAUUUUUGAUUAUUAAAAAUUUGCUGUUUCUUACUAUAUAUUUCAGAAUCUGUUUUUCUUUGUGUAAGGAAUAAAAUAUUUGUAUUAAUUUUGGAAUGAAAGCCAAAGGGUAAUAUUUGUUCUUAUAGUCUCCAUAAUACAAACAAACCAGACAUUUAUUUUCUAUAUAUCUAGUGUUAGACUUGAUCAAGUCUAUAGAAAGUUGAUUUAAAAAACUUUUUUUUUUUUACUUUUCUGCAUGAUGUUCUAAAAUAAAUUCUCUAGACAUUAUAAAAAGGUAAGAAAGAGAGCAGAUGUAUAAAGUCAAAAUUAAAAUAGAAAUUGAACAAGUCUACUAUAUUUUGUAAUAUUUACAUUUGCAAUGUUUUUGCCUUUGAUAUUUAUACACAUUAUGAUUAUAGUCAUUUCUUCAUGAAUUUAAUGUGUUACAAUUGUAAACCAUGCAGGUAUGGAUCUUUGAUGAAUUUAGUACAUAUACGUCUAUUUUAACAACCAAACUCCGAAAGCAGAAUAUGAAUUUCUUGUUUGAAAAUACAUGCAGGUAUGAACUGCAACACUUCACGCUAACAUACUUUUCAUGAAGCGUGCUAGUGCUUCAUGAAGUACUAGUAUGCUGGCGUGAAGCAUCACAGUUUGUGUAUUUUCAAAAUGAAAUUUAUUUCUUGGAUAUACAAUGGUUUCAUAAAUUUUUAUGUAUAUCAAAUUUCGUGGAAUUGUCAAAAAAUACAAUUUUGUUAAUGCAUAAUUCUAAGGAAAGCUACUUGAGCUCCUUUUGUGAACAAAAACGUGGUCUGGCUCAACCAAUAGAAAAUAUUCAAAAGAAAUAUGGUAAACCCACCGUGUGUCAAUGGUCAAUGUUGUGAAGAAAUGAAAUAUAAUGCAACAGCAAACGUUUACUAACAACAUGGGUUAAUGUAUACUGUGGUUCAGCAAGGAUCUCGUGAUUACAACUUUGUAUAUUGUAGCAUAGGACUGUUUAUAUACUAGGUGCAUUAUGUUUUAAAUAUAAGGGUAGUAAUGUACUAUUUUUGAAUUUUUGUUAAUUAAAAUUCAUUAGAAAUGAA